UUUUUUUCCACAUUUAUGUCAGAUUCGAAAUUAGCUGCUCAACUGGAUUGGCAGAAACGAUUCAACAUUAUUAAAGGAAUUGCUCGAGGAAUUUUGUAUCUACAUGAAGAUUCUUGUCUAAAAAUUAUACACAGAGACCUUAAAGUAAGUAAUGUUCUACUCGAUCAUGAGAUGAAUCCAAAAAUUUCUGAUUUUGGUAUGGCAAGAAUUUUUGAAGAUAAAAACGAAGCAAAUACCAAUAGAGUCGUUGGAACAUAUGGAUAUAUGGCACGAGAAUAUGCUAUGGAAGGACUCUUUUCUAUCAAAUCUGAUGUUUUCAGUUUCGGUGUCCUUUUGUUGGAGAUUAUUAGUGGAAAAAAGAACAAUGGUUUUCAUCAUUUAGAGCAUGGUGAAAGCUUGUUGACUUUUGCAUGGAAAUUAUGGUCCAAGGGCGAAGGAAUGGAGCUAAUAGAUCAAGUCCUUGUUCCUUCAUGUGUGGCUUCUGAGGUGCUAAAAUGCAUUCAUAUUGGGCUAUUAUGUGUGCAAGAAGACCCGGCAGACAGACCAACCAUGUCAUCUGUGAUUUUCAUGUUGGCAAGUGAUAGUACCAUAACACUUCUUUGUCCAUCUGAACCAGCAUUUUCCGUUGGGCGUGCAAUUGCAAAGCCAACUGAACCUAUUUCAGAUGAUCGAGUCUUUUCGGUUAAUGAGGUCACAAUUUCAAAUUUCUCACCUCGCUAAUUUGAUUGUUGUACGAACAAUACUAGUUUAUCAAAAAACUUUCAUUUUUAUUUCCCAGUUUGAAUUAACAACUAUGAAUACUAAAGCCAUGAUUUUUAAGAA